CCCGAGUGAUGACCUUCCAGGUUAUGGAUAUGGUUGAUUCAGAGCUGGAUAGACAUCAAAGAUCUUCUGAUGUAUCCAGGAUGUUGUCGACAGCUGAAGAUAAUAUUAGUGCUGGUCACUACGAUGAUCUGUUCUCUGGAUUGAUCCAGAGGUUCAUUGCAGAAUUCAGUUAUUCUGACUCUAUUUUCUCGGAUGAAGUGGAUGACGUCAGCGACACAGCAUUUUCUACCAGGAGCCAAAGCACCCGAUCUGGCACUGCCUCACAAAAACUUGAAAACAUGUUAGGUCUGUUCACCAGGGUGAUGAUUAGCCAAGUAAUGGAUGUCCUCCGCAUUGAAUCAGGAGUCGAACUGGACAGAGAUAUGAUAAGAACACGAAGUCCCUCCUCUGUAGGCUCUGUGCUCGGUACAGACAGCAGCGACUAUGGCUGUUUUGUCACUGUUCUGAUGCUAAGGCUGUUAGCCAAAAUCAAGGAUCAACCAAAUGCCUCUGCUGAUAUGAUGUAUUCCUCCCGAGAGUUGAUUGAGAAAGUCCUGUCCGAGUUCAGUAGUGCCUCAGGAACUCCAAACUUCCAGACUUAUCCAAGCACCUUAAAGAUUCAGGCAACAUCCAGAACCAUGGACAAGUUCCUUCUGAAGGAAUUUGGACCCGAAACUGUCCUGCAGAGAGCUGUGGAGACACAGGAUGUCUCUUUUGAUAGAACCUUGCUGACGGCCUUGAGAAAGGAACUGCUGCAGCAGUGUGAUACAGAAGCUACUGCUGCCCCAUCAGCCCAAGCUGCUCCACCCUCCCCUCAGCCAGUGCCUGUUGCAGAUGAGGGGCGAACCAGCAGGACUAAACUGAAGAUGCCCAAAAAGAGGUUCAACAUAAAGAUGCCAAAAAGAGUCAACAGGAAAGUGUCUCCCGCCAAUUCCUUUCCCGGCAUAACUGAUCAGCAUUCAGAGACACCUGCCCCUCACACUCCAUCUGAUGAGACGGUUCCUGCCAUGUCUACAUCUGGACAGAAGACACGCAAACGAUCCUUUUUCCUCAGGAUUUUCGCAUGCUGCACUUUUGGCACAUCUGAAGCUUAGGCCAUGAUUUUUCUUAAAAAUGUAUCUUCCCAUUUUUUGCCCAAUUGUCACCCACAU